GCAUAACUUUACGCGUAAGCAUAGACCAGUGCUUAGAAGAAAUGACGCUUGCAUUAAAGAAUGAUUGUCCUCACCGUACGACUAUAUUCAGGUUGUACAGAGAAUUCCAAAGACACAAUUUCACUCUGGAGGUCGCUGAGACGGAAGGAAGGCCGCAAACGUCAGUAACAGAGGAAAACAUUACUGCUGUGAGGAAAAUGCUUGACGAAGGCCGGAGAAUGACAAACCAACAGAUAGAGGAGAUCUUACACCUCUAUGCACCAGCAAUUCAUUCAAUUCUGCAUGACCAUUUACACGUAAGGAAACUUUGUUCUCUCUGGGUACCGCAUAGUCUGACGAAAAAGCAGAAGACUCGUCGUAGGACUUAGUGCCGAAAGAUGUUGAAAAUGUUUGAUAGCAGCUAUCUCGGUAUGUGAACAGCUUGGCUCUAUUAUUACGAUGUGCC